UAGCAAUAUACCAAAAAAGAAAAACGUGUCUACCUCAUUACCAAACAAACUAAUAACCGUUUCAUUCUCUCAUUCUCUCUCUCUAAACUUCCGGUCGGUCCUCCUUUUGUUCCUGGGGUUGGAGACUCCUGCGAUCCUCUAUCAUGUCGACGCAUGAUAAAGGUCGGUCAUUGCCAAAAUUUGGUGAGUGGGAUGUAAACAACCCUGCCUCGGCCGAAGGAUAUACUGUCAUAUUUAGCAAGGCCAGAGAUGAGAAGAGGAACAGUGGGAUUACUAAGAGUGCGAUCCCGCCACCAGAAAAGGAUGAGAAAGUUUAUGAAGAAAAGGAGAAACCUAAGCAUCCCCCGAAGAAGAGCUGGUUUUGCUGCGGUUGAAUCCACAGUGAUUUCAGAGGCUUAAAAUGGUGUAAUUUGCUUGCGGUGGUGGAUGGUAGAUCUCAAUUCUCCUCUUAAGAGGUUUUUGUGGCUGCCAAACUGAUGGAGCAACUGAGUGUUUGUCAACUUAGAAUUAUAAUUUUCUUUGUCCUUCUUUUCUAUUUUUCCCUUUUCCCUUUUCCCUUUUUCAUGUGGCUUCUUUUCUCUUUGGUUCGCCUUUGUUUUUCAUAUAUAUCCAUACCCUUGAAUUAAAGGUUAUUAAAUGGACAUGAAAACUUUUUUUUUUUUUUUCCUUCCUUGUUGGAUGUUAAGAUUGAAUCUCUCUGUACCAGUCUUCUUUAAUUGUCGGUUCUGAUUAGUAACAUCUUUUGUAUUUAUAUAUCAAUACCAAUAUAUACAAAUUAUUAUAUUGUA